AUGGAUCUGGGAAGGGGUGUGGAAUGCCAGGGGAAUGCUGGGAUGGGAGCCUUCAACCCUACAGCUUUCAAAGUUGUUUUUACUAUUCCUGAUGUUGUUAUUGGGGAUCUUAGAAGGGACAGUCAGAGGAACAGGGCAGGGCAACAAGGUGCUCUCCUUGCAGCCAUAAAGCUCUGCCACCCCCACCCCAGCACUGGGACUGUGACCUUCACAGUUUCAGAUACAGUCCAGGGGAGAGGACCAAGGACUCUGCUGGAAGCAUUGUGUAAAGGUGGAAAACCCUUUUCAGCCCAGGGUUUGAAUUCAAUUUCAGGUGAGCUUUGAGGGCCCCAAUGUUGCUGGACCACAAGACCCCAAAUAGCGCUGUGAGCCUCUUACUGCCGGCCCGGAAGCCUUUUAGAGCGGGAGAAAGCACCAAAUGGUCAGUGGUGGAGAACGAACAGGCGUGGCCCCCAGGGGCCUGGGAAGCAAGGCUUGCCCAGCCCUGCGCAACGGCCACCUGCAGCCAAUUUGGUCAGCGCUGGGCUGCCGAUACUUGGGCAGGCAGGAGGAGGAGGCGCAUCACUUUCUCAGGGCUUUGCUUACCCACACGCAGGCCUGGGCAGCGGGACCGUGCCCAGCCCAGAAGGCCCCCAGGUGGCAGGGCAGCGCCCACGGUGCCAUUUCGGCACCCCAUUUCCUUUGGGCUGGUGAAGGGGGGCACAGUUCAACCCCUGGGUGCAUUUAGCCCCCCAAACAGUUGAUUGGUUGCUGCAGCUCCACCCCUGCUGCUUGGUGUUUUGCAUGUGUUUGCAUUCAGUCAGUUUCAUUUUGAGCUUCCCCACCCACCCCUGAUGUUAUACUUACUCCAAAGGUGGGCAAAAUGCUCCUCCCCUUUUUUUUCAGUCAUCAUGAUCUGAAAAACACCUGCCUUUCCCCCUGUCUCCCAGGACCACCUUCAGCUGGAACUCCACAGUCCUUCCGUUAAACUUUCUCUUUGCUGUUCCCUGCUCUUGCUUUCCUAUCUUUGCUGUUUUCUGGUGUGCCUUCGCUGGAUUCUUGCUGAAAGGGAAGUGACUCAGCAAGGUGUCCUGUAAAAGGGGGAGGGGGCACAUCCAGGAUGUACCUCCCACCUGGCUUGGCUCAGCUCCUGUGGUGUAGUUCUAUCUGACUAAAACUAUCAGAAGAGCCCUGCUGGAUCAGGCCACAGGGGUCUGUUUCAGCCGGCAUUCUGUUGGGAAUGAGCCAGGCAGCUGCCGAAAUAACAGCAGACUCUCCCACCAUGUUCCCCAGCAAUCGUGCUUUGGAUUUACCUCCCUCCAAGAAGCAGCAGGGCUGAAGUUGCUGUUCCCCAGUCACAUAAUUGGAACUAGCUAAUUCUUCUGAUUUGGUGCUCAAAAGCUCCUCCUCCCCCGACUGGCUAGCAUAAAUUGCAUCUCCCUGUUUGGGAUCCGCAGUGGUCCCUGGGGCAAAUGUCAGGGCUCAGACCCAUGGACAUUGCUUCAGAGCAGGUGCACUCUGCCUGCGGACAUGGGAGCUGCCAGCUUCCCCCACUUGUGGCUUUCCAUUACGGGCUGGAGGCAAAGCUGCCCGAACCAUUCACUGUCCCGUGCAGGCCUGGUUCCACAGAGCAGAGCAGAGCCAGUGGACUGGAGAAGUCAGUGCUCCUGUUCCAGCCCCCAGAUGCUGAUUCAGGAAAGGGUGCUCAGCGCCAUCAUGGGAAGGCUGGAGCUGGCCUUUGCCCAUGUGCUCCCCUUUCUGCCCAUUGUUGCUUGUUGGCGUGGGAACCAUUUGUCCCCAGCACUCUCCAGUAAGCUGGCCCUCUGGCAGCUCUGCCACCCAGUCCCUGCCCUUCCUUGAAGUGGUUGCUCCUUGGCACCAAUCAAGCAGUUGGUCUGUCUGCAGCGGUGCCUGCUGGGCCCUCUGAAGGUCAGAGUGUUGCUGGGCACCGGUGCUGGCCACAAGGUGCAGGACGGAGGGCUUCGUGUGCUGCUGUAGGGUGCCUCUUGGAGGGCCAGAGCAGUGGUCUGAUGUACAGGGUGCAGGGGGGCCCGGGCUCACCCAUCCUUGCCCAAAAAGUAUCUUUCUGCUUAAAGCUGUCCAAAUCGGCUGUGGAUGCAUUUUGUGGCAGCGUGUUCUGAGGAGAACUGCGUGGUGUGGAUCAGCCCUUCCUUUGUGGAGCUGUCUGGGGCAGUGUGUCUGUCCCUGGGAGAGUUCAAAUGACGGAGGCGAGGGAGGCUCAGUCAAGAAGAGCCAUUCAGGGUCAGACCAAGGCCCACCUAGUCUGGCCAUGCAGCUCCAUCUGGCAAGCUCGGAAUCCACGUUUCUAUCGUGGAUAGAAAUGGACGUCAGAGGCAGACGUCAGCUUCAUUAAAAAUAGCCAGCGCUAGAGCAUGCAGCAUGUGCUAUUAAAUGUAUUGCAGCCAGGCUGGGUUUUUCCCCUAGAGAGAGCACUGAGCAGGGUUGUGGCUCGGAUCCUGUACCCAGUGAAUACACGUGUAACAGGUGGAGAACCUCUUUCAGACCAAAGUCAAGCCAUGAAAUGGCCUGUUGGUGGAGACACAUCACGUGUCCCAGAAGACUGCCACAGGCCUCCCCAGAUUAGUUUUGUUUAAUAUGCUUGCUUUUAGUCUAAUUUGUAAUUGUUACUGGUUUUAAGCUGUUGUAAACCACCAAGAGCCUGUGAAUGGGGCAGAGAGCACGAGGGAGAGUGUGUGAGGGCAUUUCACUAUUGGAGGCUGCAUCCCCGUGGUGGACAGAGGCAAGGGCAUGCAACCACAGUAAAAGCGGGAGAGGGUAAAAUUGCAGACAAGUGUCCUUUAAAGCUCUUGGGGGGCCUAUUUUGUAAGUUUGGCCUGCUGGAAUCCAGCCUUUGGGAGCUUUUUGCAAUUAAAAACUGCAAUUGAAAGGGGUUCUUCACUCCUGUUCUAAGUAUGCGGACUUCCAGGUGCAUCUGGACAGCAACUCCGGCUGUUGGCCAAGCGGCCUGGAGCUGAUGGCAAUAGGAGUCUGGCCACAGCAGGCAAGGGCAGUUUGGCACCCAACCCUUGGUCCCGGCAAAAAGGCCCAAAUGCUUUCAGUCAGCCAUUGAGGCUCUCCUGGCGUGAGGAGCUAUCUUGCCCUGCAAAGCAGAUGACAAGGGACGGGUGGGAGAGACAAUUUCUCCCCCCAGCUGGCUCUUUGGCACUUCCAUGGCUGCCUGGAUAUGGUGGCUUCAUACAUCCUCUUUGUCCGGGGGCAGCCUAUCUCUCGGGCAACCCUCUGCAGACAGGGAAACCAAUGGCGGCUUAUUUCUCGCCCUCCUUGAGAAACAUGAGAAUGCCCAUCUGCCCCAGUCCUUCUGCUCUAACGUGACCAACCAGCUACCCAGAUGCAAGAGCACCCUCCCACCCAUGUUCCUCGCACCCAGUACACUGCCUCUGCUGUGAGGCAAAUGCAGGAACACUGCAGCUACUUUUCUCCAGUGGGUGUUGGAUGCCUGGCUAGGCUGCACAGAGAGGCUUGCAGAAGACAUGGACUCGGAUGGGAAGCAUUCUUGCACAGGAGGAGGCAAGGUCUGAAUCAGGCCUGUAGAAUCCACAGUUUAUGCAAAACCAUGACUACCCUAAGCCAAAGUAGGACCAGCCACUCUGUGAAAUCCCAGGCAAAAAUACUGCCCAGUGCCAGAAAAAGGAGGAAGAGGAGUUCACUAAUGCAGAAUCACAUUCCUGCAUCAGCCUUUUUUCAAGUGGAUGAGUCGGGCAUUUUACAGUGAUCUCUUCUUUGGAUUUGAGGCGAAUCAUAGAAGUUUGCUGUGCAGCUACGACCGGGGAGGCAUGGACUGGCCCUGCUGGAAUGAAGCAAGGGCUGCUGCUGCAUGGAACCUCCUGGGAAGCGACUUCCUGCCGGUUCCCAACGGCACUGCUGCCUCUUGCAGGGCCUGUGGCUAACGGGGCUUGCCUUUGGAAGGGGGCCUUCCAUUGCAGCCCCUUCCUCUGGAAUCCCCCACCACUGUGUGCACUGCUGGGACCAUCUUUUGGGUGGACAGAUUCAUGAAUGAGGGGAAUGCUGAACCAGCUGGGCUCUUGGGCUGAUCCAGCAUGAAUCUGUUUCCUUCUCACUGCAUUUCAGGGUUUCCUGCACCAUCUUUAUUCCAGCCAGAUUUGUGCAGGUUCUCACCCCCACCCCUGAAACUCAGCUGCAGUGCCAGCUGGGACAGACUGAGCUCUGUAGAGGGUUUUAAAAGCUGCUGCAACUUUUGUUAGAGGCUUCCUGUUUGGCAGCACAGCAUGAUUCCUGGAGAACUGCUCCUUCAAUGCCCUUUGUCUGGAGAGCUGCUCUUUCCUGAGCUGAGGCUGCAAUAAUGAUGCAUUAAAUUUUGGGGUGCCAGAGCUUGUCAUGAGUGCCCUCACUGCCGCACACCCAGGAAAUACCCAAACUUGUGGACAACCAGCUGAUUCUGCUUGCAUUCAUCUCCCCCAGGAGCAUGUCUUUCAUCAAGCUGCUCUUAAUUGCACAUUCAAGCCAUACAUUGUUGCAGGGACAAUCUACCCCACCCCAACUAUUGUCAGGAUUGCAGUUUGGCUCAGAGGGGGGCGGCAGCUGCUGGUGUCCCCAUUAACAAAAGUCCUGGUGCUGCUACACCGCUGCCCUUCAAUUCCUGCUUCUUGGCCGCAUUCCCCACACAUCCUCUUCUUUGUAUUGAAACGCUACAAUGCCGGCUUGCCCCCCAACCAUGUGCAGACUCACUUGCUCAUUCCUUCCAUUCUUCCGUGAUGCAGCCAGGCUUUCAUUUCCUCUCCUGUACCUACAUUUCAUCUUCCAGUCCAUGACUUGCUCUAGGAUUGUCUGGCAACAGGUCCCGCCAGAGGAUUUAUGUCGGCUGAGAUGCACCAUGAUUGCCAAGGCGACGGGGCGCACCACGGAAGAGCUGGCAGUCUGAGAUGGAAUGAUCAAAGGAAGAUUAAAUCAGGAUGGCAGUGCCCUGAAACACUGUUUCAGCAGCAGUGCCCUGAAACACUCAGUGACUUCUGCCCCCCACACCCUGCCGAGGCACAUCCAAGGUUUGGUAGCAGAAAAGCGGAGCACGAUGAUUCCAACUGAACCGCCAAACUCCAGACUAGGAACCUGCUUUUCAUCAGGCAAAAUCUAAUGAGCUCAGUGCAAUCCAGUGGACAGCCAGGACGCAGCUUUUUCCUUCAGCCUGAUCUUCAGGGAGCCGGAGUGCCGCCCCCGCCCUCUCUGCCAUGGGGUAGUCUUUGGGGUGCGAGCGGCCUGCGUGGGGCUGCCCCACCUCCCUCCCGCGGGUGCUGGAGCAUGAAGGCUGCGUGACCAGACGGGCCGAGCUGCUGGAGCCGCGGCAAUGGAUGACGCCUCCACCCUGGACUACGGGCUCCUGUCCCCAGGACAGGCAGGGCCCGGGCCUGGCGCCCUCGGCAUGGACGCAGAGCAGAAGACGGUCUUCGCCUUCGUCAUCUUCCUCCUGAUCUUCCUGGUGAUGCUGAUGGUGCGCUGCUUCCGGAUCUUGCUGGACCCGUACAGCCGGAUGCCCGCCUCGUCCUGGACCGACCACAAGGAGGGGCUGGAGCGCGGGCAGUUUGAUUACGCACUGGUGUAGUGGCCCGGCCCGGCCCGUGGUGCCAGCCGCGUGCCGCACAGGAG